CAGCAGCACAGCUCGGUACUAGUAACGACCCCCUCUACCACAACGAGAAGAGCUCGCCUCCCAGCAUGUCAAGCUUGCGCUGCCUACUGGUGCUUCUAAGUAUGCUUGCGCUCGCAGAGGCGCGCUGCUUUUGCCCCAAAUACUGCCAGAAUCCGCCGUGUAACCCCAAGUACUCGAGCUGGUGGCAGCCGCGCUCGUACUGCAACGACGUCGAGGCGCAAGCCGAGUGCACUCUGGCGAACGUCGAAAUCACCGACAUGAUCGACUCGAUGGGGCGCAACGCCGACUUGUACAUCUACACGAUGGCGCAGCGCAGUGCGACGGCCCGCCCGAUUGAGUUUGCGCUCCUUCGCAGCAAGCUCUCGGAGGCAAUGGAAGCCAACAAGCCCAUCGGCGACUGCAACUUUGGUCUUGCGACCGCGACGCUCCUCGCCGGCGUCGACGACGUGUGCUUCUCCCCUGAGCUUUUUCAGCAGUGCGCACAUGUCGCCUUGGCGGCCGAGCCGUAUUAUCUCAACAUUCACAACGCCCUGCGCCAAGGCAUCCGCAUCGACGAAGACGCGGUGCGCCUCGGCCUCGUCGACUUGAACGGGACGCUCUCGCCUCUGGCCGCCGAGUUUGUCGACGUCGUCCGCAUGCGCGGCUCGAUCAAGCGAACCGACAUCAAGAUUCGCUGUCGCUCGUACGAGGCUCUGGUUGAGAUUGUCGGUAGCGCCGCGUCGCGCUUGUCGUGGCAUUUUUUGUUGACGACAGCGGUCGUGCUCGGAGUGCUGUAGGUUGUAGGUGAUUGAUCAUUCGAAUAAUUAUAAACACACGUUUUAGUACCAGUGCAAA